AUGACGGCGGAUUCAACCCCCACACCUCCGUCGCCCCAGCUCAAACAGACAUCCACAAUCAAGAAGUCUCCGAUAGACAGCAUACAGGUGGAAAAGAACGAACUGCUGCAGAAACUCGACAUCUGCAUCGCCGCUGGUGUCCUAAAAAAGCGCAACCCAGAUGCCGGUACCCACUCCGUCGUCGAAGCGGACGACUUCCCAUCAGCAGAGAUCGCUAGCCUGGAGAAACACCACUGGAUCCGGACCGAAACCUUCCCCUAUACUGACGAUCCAUCAUGGUGCGGCGUCCGAGUCUAUGUUCUCCCCGAUGAUAUCGGGCGCAAGUUCAUCCCGCGGUCGAGUACGGCGCUGAGACGCGCGCUCAAGGUCGUCAUGACUAGGAUUGAUAGCUCGGCGGAGGCGUGGAUGGGGAAGGGUUGUCUGGAUCAGAUUCAGAGGGGUACGGGGGGGUUGGCGAGCGGGCCGGAGGACGAGUCGCUGUGGUACAUUUUCAAUACGCUGAGGGAUCCGGAGCCAUGCGUGGAGAGUAUGAGGAAUCCGUUUGCGAGACAAGCCAUGAAGGAGUUGCUCGAUGUGACGGAUCCAGGAGAUGAAGAGUCCGGGACGGAUUAUUCGGGCGUGUUGGGCCUCAGAACGUCGCUGUAUCCGUAUCAGCGUCGGUCGGCGGCUGCGAUGGUUCAGCGGGAAGCGCAGCCCGCGCAGAUGCUGGAUCCGCGGUUGCAGGCGUUCAAGAGCCCGAAGGGUCAGGAGUACUAUUAUGACAGGGAGGAAGGGAGUAUUUUUCGGGAGAAGAAAAUGUACUCCGAGGCUUGCGGAGGUAUUCUUGCGGAAACCAUGGGCUGUGGCAAGACUCUUAUCUGUUUGGCUGUCAUUCUAGCGACGCGUGGUCAUUUCCCUGAGAUCCCCUUAGAGUAUCAAGAGAUGAAGAAUCCUGUCCGUCGAACGACUGGAAGUCUCGUUGAGAUGGCGGCGACCGCAGCAGGCCGGCUCUCCCUACCGUGGAAAGCUUACUUCGAUCCAUUGAGCCGUCAUGCAAGACAUAGAGGUCGAAGUGGCGUGGCGUAUCCCAGGCCGCCGCAUCAGAAGCUUCGUCUUUGCUCGGGGACGUUGAUCAUUGCGCCGCCUAAUCUGGUCAGUCACUGGCAGAGUGAAAUCGCCACUCACACGGACGGUCUCAAGGUGCUCGUGUUGCGGACUAGUUCUGAUCUAACUCCUUCCCCGGAUGACCUGUUACAAUACGACAUUGUUCUGUUUUCGAGGAUACGGUUCGAGAGAGAGGCGGGCGAAGUGGUCCAUAACAGGCGGGCCUUGACCACACCUGAAGACUCUCCCCUGACAAAGGUCCAUUGGCUCCGGAUCAUUGUCGACGAAGGCCACAAUGUCGCUGGUACCGGCCAUCGGACGAACAUGGUUCAUAUUAUAGACCAACUGCACGUCGAGCGCCGGUGGAUCGUAUCGGGAACCCCAUCCAGCGGUCUGUAUGGAGUUGAGGUUAGUUUGGCUUCGCAGGAGACUCAGACAAGCGACACAGACUUCGCAGAAGCCACAACGGCCGCGCUUCGCGGUAGAAAGAAGACGGGCAGCACUCUAGACGCUGAGCUCAAAGAUCUCGACAAGCUACGAUACAUCGUGAUCGACUUCCUGAAUCUGAAGCCAUGGUCGAAUUCUCGAGCCAAUGACCCCGCCAACUGGACCAAAUACAUCAAGCCUGUUGGCAAUGAUGGCAGACGCCGAAAGGCACAGUCUCUCCGAGCCACUUUGCAGGGGCUGGUUGUGCGGCACCGUCUGGAGGUUAUCAGUAAUGAGAAGCCUCUUCCCCCGCUCCGCAACAAAGUCGUGUAUCUCGAGCCUACAUUUUACGAUAAACUGAGUCUGAAUCUGUUUAUAUUUAUCCUUGCGGUCAAUGCAAUUACUUCAGAGCGCAAAGACCAAGAUUACAUGUUCAAUCCUCGCAAUCGGAGGCAUCUUAGUCUCGUGAUUAACAACCUUCGCCAGGCGGGAUUCUGGUGGGCUGGCUCGGACGGGGAUAUCUCGCAUACGGUGGAUGUCGCCUCGAACUAUAUGAAGCAGCACCUGGACACAAUGACCGAGGAUGACAAAGCAACCUUGCGCGAAGGCAUCCAGAUCGCAGAGAAGGCUCUGGAGUCUGGAAGUUGGCAUGCCUUUAAGAGGAUGCACGAGCUUGGAGUGUUCGUCCAGGGCUUUCCUUCGUACGCCAGGAGCAUGUGGGCUGUUGAUUCCUCGAUGCUAGACCACGAGCCUCUUCUCCUCGGCAUCACUCAGGCCCGUCAUGCACAGAAAUUCGUCACAAAACAUCUAAACGCGUACGACCCAGCAGAGGGCCUAGCUGGCGCAGGGAUUAAGACGCGUCGCGAGCUGUCAGGGCGAGAAGGGGACAACACAGCACCCAAAAAGACCACCCCAGACAAACCCGCUACAACCAACUCGCCGAAGAAGGCAUACUCCAAGGGACUUUUCAAAACCCUACCGGCCGAUUCACCUCUUGCACAGACCAAAGUGGUCGCCACCGCAUCCGCCAAGCUGACCUACCUCCUCGACCAAGUGUCGGAACUGCACAAAACCGAGAAGAUCAUCAUAUUCUACGACAACAACAACGCCGCAUAUUGGAUCGCGGAAGGCCUCGAGCUCCUUGGCGUCGACUUCCGCAUCUAUGCAAACACCCUGAAACCGAACAUCCGAGCCGAAUACCUCGCUCUAUUGCGGGACUCCGAAGAGGUGCGCGUCCUCCUGAUGGACCUGCGCCAGGCAUCUCACGGUCUGCACAUCGCCAACGCCUCGCGCGUCUUCAUCGUCAACCCUAUAUGGCAGCCCAACGUCGAAAGCCAAGCCAUCAAACGAGCCCAUCGGAUCGGUCAGACGCGGCCCGUGCACGUCGAGACUCUCGUCCUCAAGGACACCCUCGAAGACAAGAUGCUGCGGCGCAGGAAAGCGAUGUCCGACAGCGAGAUCCAGCACGCGGAACGGGACCUCCUCGAUGACAGCACCAUGAGCACCAUCAUCCAGAACGAGCGCUUCAUCCCGAUGCCCGAAGACGAGCACUCCGCUCGCAUCGCAUACCUGAAUCACCCAUCCGGCUUCUUCGACCGCCACAAACUGGCCAUCCCCGACGACGAGGAGGGAAAUACCAACCCACCGCCGCCACCACGACGCUCAACGCCGCGCAAGCCCAAACGCCCUGUCCCCCUGGAUUUAGGCGAGAGCACGGACGAGCCGGAUCUCAUCACGCCCAAGCGACGCAAGACGUCCAUGUCUCCGGGGUUGAGCUUUCUCACACCAGAGGGUAUCCUGAUGACGCCUCCACGGGCCUGGAGCCGGUCUCCUCCCCGGGCUUCGCCGCUGCCGAUGAUGCGUCCUUCCUUGUUCGACUCCACCACUGCACAUGACGGAGGAGGGAACGCGUCGGGAAUGAAGAGAGUCUCCCCUUUUAGGGGCUCGAUCUAGACAUGAGGAACUUGUAUCACCGCUCAAUGUACCCCAUUGCUAUGUACCUAUUAUCAAUGAGGGAUGAUGGAUAAG